AUGAAGUCCUCAAUCAUUUCCUCCCUCAGUCUCCUCCUCGCCUCAUCCUUGGCCUUCGACUGCUACCCAGAUCCCUCUAAACCGCCCACGAAAUGGUGCGCGGACGGAGUUUUCAAAUGCGAUUGGGACCAGAAUCAACGAUUCUGCGAGGAUGUGAAUUACGCUUAUUGCGGUGGUACUGGCACCGCCAAUGACAUGGCAUGGCUGGAUAAAUUGGCUGGAGGUGAUCGGUGUUGCUUGGGUCAUGGCACAAUCGAGAAAGAAACUGAAGCUUGCCGAAACCAUUUGCGCCAGCGGCAACUGCUAUACACUCAACUCUACCAAGUCCUUGCGAAGUCUGCCAGUCAAGCACAUGCGACGGCAGCCAUGGCCGCCGACUUCAUCGCUCAGCUGCUCGCCUCUGCCGACGCUCUCAGUCUCAGCGAACUGGAGACUGCCUCGUGCCGCCUAAUCGAGAUCCGGAACUCCAAGACUCCGCUCUUUCGUCUCCCUGGAGAGCUACGUAACCGCAUCUGGCGGAUGGCUCUGAUCGAAGACAUUCGAUCUCAACAUGAGACAUUUAGGGACGAAGCCGUGUCAAUAGCACAGGAGAGAAAAGAGAAGGCCUUGACAACCGGCACAAGCACAGCUGCCAUCCUUCGCGAGGUCGCUGAUCGUCGUGCCUUCGGUGAUGAUCACGUUGGCAACAUUUUCAAAGACAUGAUGUUCCAACGAGAAAUAAAAAUCAUCGCCUUGCCCACGUUUCACAACACGACCCGACAGAUGAAGACUGAAGUCGAAUCUAUCUUGUAUAACGAGGUUAUGAUAUGGGACGAAUAUGACCAUUUGUUUCGGACAUGGAAACAACUGCUGCCUUACCAGAUGGGAGGCCUAUUCAACAUCCGCAAGCAUGGCGUGCCAUUGCUCAAACUCCGCAAGGAAUAUCGCGCGAAUGACAUCAAGACAUUGGUAGUCGUGGGCUUUGGAACUACCCGGACUUUCGAUCCACGACGGUACCCACCAGCGAGAAGAGGCGGCAGAGUUCGCUUUGCGGAGGAGCUCAAGUUGGAGAACUUGGGGUGGUCGAUUGGAAACCCGUACCUUGUGACGGAAGCAGCAUCCACAGGAACACCAAUUCGCAACGACAUGUUCUUGGCUAGCAUGAACAGUUCAGGAGUCGCACAGGCAAUCGCUGCCGCAGCUGGCCUGACUAUCACCGAACUCGAAUCCCUUGAACUCCGCCUGUCGUCACUGAAGAAUUCCAAACAAUCACUUCUUCGCCUUCCUGCCGAGCUACGCAACCGCAUCUGGUACAUGGCGCUUAUCGAGGACAUCAAAGACCAAGUAGCCAAGAAAGGACAUCUCAGGACGGACAAGACGCGCGAUUGUGUGGCCUGGACCGAUUGCUUUCAACCGUUAAAAAGAACCCUCACCAUCACACCACCGCAGUUUCUGAACACUUGCCGCCAAAUGAAACUCGAGAUCGAGUCCAUCUUGUUCACCGAGAUCAUGUUCUUCGAGGAAUACGACGCCUUGUUCAACAAAUGGAAGACCCUCAAGCCCUACCAUCUCGGCUCACUUUUCAACACGCGAAAAUUCGGUCUACCGGUCUUUGCCAUGUACCACUUGUGCAGAGGCGAGAAGAAAGACAAUACGAGAGAAGUCAUAGAGCGCGAGGCGAAGGCCGGGCGGUUCAAGAGAGCUGGUAUGAAUACUUGGAUCCAUAGACUACACAGCGAAGAAGGUGCCUCCAGUCCGUAUAACCACAGCGGCAAUACCUUUCUGACCCGACUAGCUCUUCUACAAAACAAGAUGGCGUCAGAAUCAACUCUCGACAAACUCGAGUCGUCGAGUCCCCUUCCAACUCAACUCGAGAACUCGCAAUCACCACUCCUGCGCCUCCCCGGCGAGCUCCGCAACGAAAUCUGGCGCAUGGCCCUCACCAAAGACAUCGAACACCAAGUCGCCACUCUGAGCGGAGGGAAACCAGUUCGUCUCUCCAACCUCCAAGCCCCAAAUCCCUACACCUGCACAUCAUGGAGUUGCGCCAGCCAACUACACGGAUCCCUCGAUCGAAUCACACCCCCUGAAUUCCUCAUCGCUUGCCGCCAGAUGAAGCUCGAAACCGAAUCAAUUCUCUACAGCGAGAUUAUGGUUUUCGAAGAAUACGACAACGUCUCAAAGAAGUGGAAACUCCUAGAACCAUAUCAACUCGGCUCUCUCUUCGACACUCGGAAGUUUGGGUUGCCGCUCUUUAGUACCCAUCACGUAUGCAAGACCCGAGACGAAAUUGCGAGACAGGUGAUCGAGAGAGACGAGAGAGGUGAGCGCUCCUCUCUCAUGCAUCUGAGGAAAGGCAUGGUCAGUUUCGCUGAGGAGUUGGGCCUUGAGAGUUUGGAGUGGAGCCUUGGGCCAUCUCAUUUGAUCGAUAUUGGACUCGAGCAUCCUGCUUUUCCAAAGCGGGGGACGGACACUGCGCGGGGACUCUAG